CUCGGAAUUGCCUCGGAAAUUCCUCGGUAUAUUCCGAGGAAUUCAUUUUCUGUCGGAACGUCCGUCAGAACACCGCUGUUUUCUUGUAGUGUAGGUUUCUCUUUUUGUUUAAAUAUUUUGAAAUAAAACAGGUUUUGCUAUAUAUAAUUGAUUUUUUUUUGCUAAUGUACAAUUGAUUUCUAGUAAACCUACGAUUAUAAAAUUAAUGGUGACGUAAAAAAACUGAAGGUUGUGAAAACUGUUCAAGAAAAUCCACAAUAAAUAGCAAAACCAAAUUAAUGAAUUAAAAAUAUAUGCAAAAGCCUAUAAACCUCGCAUGAGAGCAUCUCCAAUGUAAAACUCCAUUUUUUCCUCCAAAAUGGAGUAAAAGUGAAAAUGGUAUAAAAUUACUCCAAUCCUAUUCCAUUUCCCACUCCAUAAUGGAGUGAUAGAACAAACAAAAAAUAGAUUACUCCAUUUAUGGAGUAAACUUUAUUAUGGAGUGAGAUAUGAAGUUGGGUUGGAGCAUUCCUUACUCCAUAUUCACUUUUAUUCCAUUUUAGAGGAAAAAAUGGAGUAGGGAUGGAGAUGCCCUGAGAAUCUGGGUUAGUUGACAUUUUUAUAUUUAUCCUCGUAUAAUCCUAACAUCUAACUUUUUGAUUAUUAAUCAACCAUAUACAUGUAAAGUAAAUACCUAAUGGUCCAUGAAGAUAGAUUUUCACCUGAGAAUUUCGAAAGUUGGAUCAGUUGAAUAACCCAUGUCAUAAUGCUUUUGUGUGGACGUGCAUAAGUUUUAUAAUCCUAAUAUAUGAGUCAGAUUUGCCUUUCAUUUUUGUUGUGGAUCCCAUCAUGUUCUCUCCACUGAGCCAAACGACUGAAGACUUAGUAUGUUCGCUAGAUCUUGUGAUCUAUAAAUAGAAUAUAUCAUUGCAUACAAGUCAUCACACUCUCUCUCAACUUCAUCCCAUUUUGCAUCUCUCGCUCUCUGUUUCUCUCUGUUUCUCGAUCCUAAACCCCCCCCCCCCCCCCCAACGAGUUACCUUUCUCCUCAUCAAUACCCUGCGAUGGAGAAUUUAAUCCUCAAACAAGCUCUUAUCAUGCUCCUAAUAAUAUUUUCAUCACCAAUAUUGAGUACUCAGGCCCGAAUCCUCCAUGCAGAUAGAGUUGCAAACAUGGGCACUAUAAAUAGUCAGGUUCUCCUACGUGAGCUCGGGUUUGAUCUCUCCAAGUUCAAAGGAUAUAAUGAAAGGAGGUUUUUAGUAGAUUCGGAAAGGGUUUCACCGGGAGGACCUGACCCGCAACAUCAUUGAAUGAUCUAUACGGAUAUUUUACUUGACCGGAGAUUCAAGCACAAUAAUUGUGACUGAUCCAUGCAGGUCAUCUAAUAUCGCCAUUUAUAUGCUUUUCUUCUCUCGUUUUCCCCUUCAUAAAUCUGACGUACAAUUUUGUUGUAUCAAGGUUUUGGUGUUCUUGUACCUCCUUGUCUUAAUACAUCAAACUUUUUCUCUGUAUGUUUUCGUGUGUCUCCAAUGAGUUACCUUUUAUGUAACAGCAAUUGGCUUAUAAAUAAUAUUCCCCGGUUUGAGUUUUA